GCACGAGCGCGGAAGACCAUGUCCGGGGGCAGCAGCUGCAGCCAGACCCCAAGCCGGGCCAUCCCCGCCACUCACCGGGUGGUCCUCAGCGACGGCGUGCAGCUACCCCCCGGGGACUACAGCACCACCCCCGGCGGCACGCUCUUCAGCACCACCCCGGGAGGUACCAGGAUCAUCUAUGACCGGAAGUUCCUGAUAGAGUGUCGGAAUUCACCUGUGACCAAAACACCCCCACGGGACCUGCCUGCCAUUCCGGGGGUCACUAGCCCUAUAAGCGAUGAGCCCCCCACAGAAGCCAGCCAGAACCAUCUGCAAAACAGCCCUGAAGAUAAGCCAGCAGGCGGUGAGGAGUCACAGUUCGAGAUGGACAUCUAAAGGACCAGCCAUCAGAUUGAGCAAUGCCUCUGGGCCCCUCUGGCCUUUCUCCGGAGAAGAGUCACACCCGCCAGUUAUCAUCCUGGGCAGGCAUUGGGUAUGGGGUUGACCACCCCAGUCCUCUGCUCCCUCAGUCAGGGCACCUGUUCCCCCUUCCUCUUGGUGAACACCAGCAGAUACCUCUAUGUGCCUCCAUUCAUGCAGGAGCUGGCACUCCAAGGAGAGUGACUCUCAAGAGCACACACCCUGUAGCCUGGGGCCAGGAAGUGUACUUGGAGGAGCCCUUUUGAAUGACCAUCCUGCUCUCUUCCUCUGAGGGUACACCCACCUCUCCUUAGGUUGGUGUGUUUGGGGAAGUUCCCCUCCCCCUACUUCCCCCAGAGAGGAAAUAAAAGCCACCUUUGCCCUAGGGCCAAAAGUUGGCCCCGGUCUGAGCUCUUUUCUACUCCACGUGGAUAGCUAACACCAACUACUAUCUGCACAGUACAUAUAAAGCACUUUCCUGUGCAUUAUCUCAUUUGAUUCUCAUGCUGAUCUGUGAAAUAAGUAGAGCAAGUGUCAUCCUCAUUUUACAGCUCAGAAGUUAAAAAUUGCGCACUAGUAAAUGAGAGAUAGGACUGGG